AUGGGAGUUUUCAAGAUCCCCAAGAAUAUCCUGCAAGAAUUAGAUAACAUUAUGCAAAAAUUCUGGUGGGGGCAAAAAGCUGAAGAAAGAAGGAUUCACUGGUGCUCAUGGAAAAAAAUGGGAAAAGGCAAAACUAGUGGAGGGCUGGGUUUUCGAAAUUUUGAGAGUUUCAAUCUGGCUAUGUUGGCAAAAAAAGGUUGGAGGCUACUUCAGAAUCCAAACUCCCUAGCUGCCCAAGUCUUAUCAGCUAAAUAUUUUCCUAAUGGUGUUUUCCUAAAAGCUAAACUAGGCAGGAAACCCUCAUUUAUUUGGAGGAGCAUCCUUGCAGCAAAGCCUCUUCUAGAAGAGGGCCUGGUAUGGAGACUCGGGAAUGACCAAUCCAUUAAAAUAUGGCAAGACAAAUGGCUGCCAACUCCUUCGUCAUACAGAGUUCAGAGUGGCAUCAACAUUCUCGGUGUAGAAGCAAGAGUAGCAAAGUUAAUUGAUAGGGACACAAAGGCAUAG